GGAUGACGUCCUCGCGCUCAUUAAGUUUGAUUUUAGAAAGCCUUGUUGGCUGUGAUGUCAUGUUUUGUCUCGUCACAUAUGGUGUCUGUUUUGAAAAAUGUAGCCAUCUUGUUUUUCACCCUAUCUCACUAUUGUUGCAGUCUGAAGAGGAUGUCGUCCAUAAAAUUUACUUGCUGUGGCCUUAUAAGAUUGCUGAAAUGCCGUAUAUGCUCUGAUUGUUAUCUAAACACGUAACACGUAUUGCUCUGUGCUGAUAUCUUCUAAACAUGUUUUCCACUGUAUGGUCCACUCGGAGAGGCUCAAAUUUAGUACCAAUGUUUAUUCCAUAGGGAAUUUUUCUUGACAUCGACCUACUUUAUAAUCUACAUGGACAAAUGGGGUCUCAAAUCCCUGAAUGGUGCCUUUUAAGCUUUGGCCUGAGGCAACAACUCAAGAAGUGGAAAGACGGGUUUGCUACUGUGACAUUUGCCGCAUAGAGGUCACUGCACAGGUUGCGUUUUCCGGAUCGACUCUGUUAGACGUGUCUUUCUUUGGUUCUCUCUGCUUCCUGUUGUUUAGGAGGUUGAAAUCGUCCGCCUUCUAUGUUGUAAACUUCAAUAACGGCAAGAUUAAAGAUUGCUGAUGUUAUAUCCACAAGGUGCCACGAUGUUCCGGCUGUUGACUUCUUUUGUUAGGCUGUUUUCCUUGGAGCACCACGACAGGGCGGCAUUCUACACCUCACCGGUUCUGAAGAAUCAGGCGAUUUUCGUCCUCUAUCGAGUCCUGGCGGCCGGCGUUUGGGGCUCUUUCAAUGUCUGGUCUCUACUGAACGCCCUGUUGAACCAGAAUUGGCUGUGGUUUGCUAGACUCACUCACUGGACCAUGAUUCUUCUCACGGCUCACCUCGUCUUCAGUGCCGUCCUGGCGUGGAAACAUCUUUGCGAGAAGAAACACAACAAGAAACCUGUACCACAAGACACAGCACAAGACGACAACAUGAGUUCUUCUCGCGAACUUAAGACUUCUGAAGACAACGGUAGUAAAUUAACGUGCUGCAACAAGACAUCUUGGGUUCUUUUUAACCUGGCUAGCGCUUCUUCGUUUUGUGUCACGUCGCUGUACGUAACUCUGAUCGCUACUCCACGUCAUUUUGUCGGAGUCAUGGAACAUAUUAUCAACAGUGUUAUAGUCGUUGUAGAUAUCGUAGUGAAUGGAAUACCGGUGAAGGUGCACCAUUUUGUUUACCCCAGUUUAGUAGGAACCGCUUAUGCAGUCUUCUCAAUGAUUUAUUGGGCACUGGGUGGUCUUGGAAAAAACGGGGAAACUUUUCUCUACCCUCCGCUUAAAUAUGAAAAAGAACACAGGGCGAGGACUCUAUGUUUCAUUGCUGUGUGCCUGGUAUUUGUACUGCCGUUGUUACAAGCGUUGUGUUGUGCCUUGCGCCAUCUGAGGUCAAGACUUAUUGUAGGAUUAGCUCCAAACGUAGGAAUUUUGCAAUUUUCUCCAGAAAAGGAGGCUAACAACCAGUGUAGCUAUAUGCACGUUUAGAAUAGUCAGUUAUUGACACCGCUUACAAUGUACCAAAUAGACAUGAUAAGAUAUCAAGGGAGGGUCGGCAACACAAAAACAUACUUAUAGUUUCGUUGGCUGUUCUAAAAUAGGAAUGAACUUUAUUGCUUGACAAUCGCACAUGGCAACAAUUUCUAAACAACAAUACCUGAAUAACUACAUGGCGGAAUAAUCUAAUCCUACAUUUAGUAAAUACUAUCGAUAAUAGUUUAUGAGCAUAUCAUAGAUACGUAUGGAUGAGCUAGUCUUAUGUUUGGAAUGAAAUACAUGUAUAAAGAAAUUGACCUAUGUAGGCAGAUAUACGAUUUUUCCAGAUAUUUAGUAACUCUUGGUUGCUAGAUAAGUUUUUAACUUGGUUUGCGCUCUCCCUAAUCUAGGACAUGAAGUUGAAACAAGUAA